GCUCUGUCCCCAGCUGGCAUCCCUGGACACACAGUGUGCUGACUGCCCCUCCUGGGACCCUGGGAAAUGAAUUUCACUCCCUCUCAGGCUGCUGGCAAGCACAGGGCUCUGUGGAGUGUUAGCUCCUGUUUAUUUAUGACACUCAAAGGUGACAGGGAGCACUGCCCAUCUCCUGGAGCAGCCCAGGGUGGCACGGUGGGCACGGGGCAGACCUGGGCAGCGACUGGCACAAAGCCUCUGCAUGGGGAGCUGUCUGGGCUUUGCUGUGGCUCAAAAAGCUGACUUAGAACCGAGCCUGGAAGUGAGGGUGUGCCCUGCAAGGGCAGAGCUGGGAGGGGAGGCUGGCUCACCAAGCACUUCAGCUCUCCUGGUGUUAAUUGCUCAGCUAAUUACAGAGUCAGCCGUUCUAGCCGGGUGUCGGGAUGGGUCUUUUGGCUUUCGCUUUGUUUUUUCUUCUCCCUCUUUUAAUAGAAUUAAACUCUGAAGUUCAAAAUAACUCUGUGAUCUCUGGGUGCCUUCUAAGGCAAAGGUCUAAGCAGGUUCACCUGAAAACUUCAGCGUUUUGAUUGCCCAGAAUGUUCUGGGUCUGUUCUCACAGGAGCUUCAUUUGCAGCCUGCAGCUGCUCUCAGAAAUAAAAUACCUUUCCCUGGAUCUGUGACCCCUGGAGCUCUGUGCUGGCACCCUUCUGGCAGCUCCUGCAGUGGGUUACUGCUGUCCUCCUGGUUUUGCUACUGUGCCCCUUUGGGUGACAGUUUGUUUUCUUAAGCAAAGCACAUCAAAUGCACUGUAGUAACACUUCAUAAAGUCAGAUGUGUCACGUUUUUAGUCCAAUAAAAGACUAUGAAGUCUUCCCCCUAAAAAUACCCACCAAUGUCUUAUAGAGGAUUUAGAUUUAAAAGAAACAAGGAAACCAAAUGUUUUUGCAGAGCUGAGGGUUUAUCAGAGCUGAGGGAGGAGAGGCUAUAAAGUGGGUCAGGACUUGUUCCCAGUUUUGCAGCGAGUGCCACAGGCUCAGCCCCCUGCCAGCAGUGAGUGGUGACUAAUUGACUGGAGAACCUACAGAAAGCAGCUGGAUCAAAUGGCAGUGCAGAGCCAAACUUUAAGUAAAUGCAGACUAAGUCCACUCGGUGCUGGAGUGACUUGAGCUUUCAGUACAGAACAUAUUUUACGUGCCUGUUUCUUUGUAGCUCUAGAAAAUACCUCUUUAUUCUGUUAACCAUCUUGCUGCUGUGCCAGCGAGCUGAUAAUUCCAACACACUAAAGCUGAAAGUGAUGAAGCUUUUCUGAAAGGUGAGUGGUGCUUUUCUGCCUCCAGCCUUGGCUGCUCCUGCCCUGGGCUGCUCUGGGCAGGUGUUAGGAGCUGCAGCUGAGUGCUGGAGACGUGGGAUGUCUUGAGGGACCUGCUUUUGAACAGUGAGAAAAUGAAAUGCAUCAAAGCCAGUGUGAGGAAGUGGAGCUGUCUAAAAUGAAGUUAUUUGGACUGCUCAGAGGCUGUGUCUAAGAAUGCAGUGUUUACCAGGUGAUUCUGGUCCCUUUUAGACACUGGAGGAAAGAGUUACCUAAGUCUGCUCUGCAUUAAAAGCAGAGUUGGAGGAGUCCCAGCUGAAAAGGUUUCAGGCCCUGUGGAAAGUCCAAAGGCACAGCCCUUGCAUGCAAGCAGCUCUGGAGAAGCCAACUGGCACCUGGUGCUUCACACCUUGCAAAAUGGAUCUCAUCCUGGAAAAAGGAUUAAGGAAUGGCCUUGACACAGCCUUCAGCUCUGUUGGCUAAAGCCCUGGGCAGCAUCUGCCCCCCUCACCUGGGCAGGGUUUGUGAGCUGGGCUUGGAGGGCAGCUGCUCCAGGUGGAGAGGCUCUGCCUCUGAGGUGGGGCUGGUUGUGGGCUCCUCCUCAGGCCCUGUGAGCAGAUGGACCUUUCUGCUGGUGAACCUGUGAGCAGGUGGACCUUUCUGCUGCCUCACAGGAAGGGUCAGGCAGGAGCAGUAAGAGAAACCUGAGAGGGCUGUCUGUGAUUUUGAAUACCUGGAAGCCCACCAGGCUGAGCUGGAUUAUCUCUCUGGGCGGCACAAAGACACGAAAAGGAACUCCAGAUUGGCCUUCUACUACGACCUGGACAAGCAAAUCCGCUCUGUGGAGAGAUACAUCAGGAAACUGGAGUUUCACAUCAGCAAGGUAGAGGAGCUCUAUGAAGCUUACUGCAUCCAGUGCAGGCUGCGGGACGGGGCCACCAACAUGAAGCAGGCCUUCUCCCUGUCCCCUGCCACCAAAGCCUCCAGGGAGAGCCUGGUGGAGCUCUACAGGAACGUGCAGGAGUGCACAGAGGACAUGUGCUUCAUCGAGGGGGCUCUGGAGGUGCACCUGGGCGAGUUCCAUGUCAAGAUGAAAGGGCUGGUGGGCUUUGCUCGUCUCUGCCCAGGAGACCAGUACGAGGUGUUUGUGCGACUGGGCCGCCAGAAAUGGAGGCUGAGAGGCAAAAUUGAGACUGAUGACAGCCAAACGUGGGAUGAGGAAGAAAAGAUUUUUAUACCCAAUCUGCACGAGAAGUUUGAGAUCAAGGUGACAGAGCUGCGAGGCCUGGCCACCAUCCUGGUGGGGGUGGUGACGUGUGACAGCAGCAGCUUCUUCAGCACCAAGCCCCAGGCCAUCGUGGUGGACAUCACCGAGCUGGGCACCAUCAAGCUGCGCCUGGAGGUGCUCUGGAACCCCUUUGACACAGAGAACCUGUUUCUGUCACCUGGAAGCACUGCCAAGUUUUCUGUGGGUAGCAGGAAGAGCUCCUUGUACAACUGGACCCCCCCAAACACCCCCAGCUUCAGAGAGAAGUAUUACCUGUCUGUUCUGCAGCAGAGGCAGAGCCCAGGGGAUGGAGGGGAGGAAGCCCAGCCUCCCAGCAUCCUGAGCUACUUGGCUGCCUGUGAUUUCGAUGUCCCUGGGAGGAACAAGCCCCACAACCCCGCGGAGACGAGCGAGGGAGACUCGUUCAGCUCUGAGGACCAGAAAGGGGCAGAAUCCAGAAGCACAACCCCAGCCCUGGACCACAGGAUGUUGCCGCUGGUGAUUAUUCAAGAGACCGGAGCGGAAGAGCUGCAGCAUCCCCUCCCGGACCACAGCACUCUGGACAUCCUGAAGAAGACCCCGUGUGGGGAUGGAUUCCCGAGGAGCCCCUGCAGCGCUGCCCCCCGUCACAAGGGCAGGGGAGGCUCCUUCGGCCCGGCCCGGGGCCGCCGCCUGGCAGAGCAGGAAAGCAUCAGCCAGAAAAGCUGGAGCGCGGCGAGCGACCUCCGAGCGGAGGGGCGUGCGAGGGGCGUGGAGCGGGCUCUGCAGGAGGUGCUGAGCCUGCUGAGCCCGCGGCCGGACGGGCCGGCGCAGCUGGACCAGCUGGGGGGCCAGGUGUCCUCCCUGCGGGACAGGCUGAAGCUGAAGACACCUCACAAACAUUCCUCAAUGGAGAGUUUGAUGGUGGAGACAGUGCUGGAGAGUUUUGAUUUCCUGAACAACGACUGCAGUGCUGAUGAACUCUCCUUGUUUGGGAGUGUAAGGACAGGCAGUGUCAGCACGUACAACGACAACGUGCUCCAGUCCCUGAGCUGUGACACGAGACCAGAAGCCCGGGAUGUAACCACUGGGGAUGAGAACCUGGACGUGCUGCUGCUAACACACCUGAGGCUGUGCAAAGGUCUCCUGCAGAAACUGAGGACCCCAAAUGUAGCCCAGGUGGUCCAGGAGAGCAUUUUGGAAGAAGUGUCAGAGCAGACACGAGUCCUGGGGGAUGUCCUGGAUCUGUCUGUUGAGAAAAUUAUUCAGAAGACUAAAAAGAAGAAGCAGUAUCUGAAAAUCUGGAGUGAUCUUGCAGAGCCUGGCAGCAGCAUCUUGGUGACCUCAGCAGAAAGGUUCCGCCAUGCUCUGAAAUACACAAUGAUGCUCAAAGUGAAGGAGAAGUACCCCAGCCACCUGGAGACAGUGCUGCAGAGGCUGCUGGAGCAGAUCCUCACCUGUGAUGGGUUGCUCCCCUCCUCCCAUUUCCAAACGGAGCCGGUUACUUUGUUCCAGUUCUAUCGUUACCUGGAGAGACACCGCAUUGGCAGCCUGGAGAAACACCUGGCUAAACUCGCCAAAGAAGUGAUGCUGAUCGAGGAGCUGCAGUGCCCCGGCAGGCUGAAGACGCUGAAGAGGCUGAAGGGCAAGAGGCUGAGCCGGCUGCAGCCGCUGCCGCGGACGCUGCGGCUGCUCGGGCUGCUGCAGCUGGACGAGAACCACCGGGUGGGCAAAGCGGCCACGGCCUGCCUGGCCCGGGCCGGCGGCAGCGGCAGCCUCCGGGCCCGGGCCGUGCUGUUUUACACGGAUGCUUUGUCCGGCUGUGACACGAGGCUGCAGCAGGCUGCGUGCCUGGCUCUGAAGAACCUCAGGGCUGUGGAGAGCAUUGAGCAGGUUGCCCACCUGUGCCAGUCUGAAAUAGAGGAAGUCAGGAAUGCAGCCAGGGAAACCACACUUUCUUUUGGGGAACGGGGCCGACAGGCCUUUGAGAAGAUGGACAGGAUCUGCUGUGAGCUGAGAGAAACUGCUCAGGAGGCCGAGAUUGAAAUCACAGUGUUUUAGGAGUGGAAUGGGAGAGCUGGAUCCUGCUGUCCUCGCAGCCCCACGGGAACCCGAGGGUUUGGUUUUGUCUGGUUUCCUUUGUUCUGUCCUGUCCCUGCCAUCUCCUGCCCCAGCACAGGUUUAUCUCCAAAGGGGACAGUUUGUCAUCUCCAUGAUGCAGCCUGGAAUGUAUUUUCUCAGUCUCUCAGUGUCUCUGAAGUGCUGGACAAAUGAAAACUGGGAACUCUCAGAAUGUGGAUCCAGGUCUUAACUGGAGUUCACGUCUCCAUCUUGCAGGAAUUAGCUGUCCCUUCUCCAACUCUGUCCAAUAUGAUCAAUUUUCCCAGGAAGUGAUGUAUUGAUUUGGCAUUCUCCAAGGAGAGAAAUGAUCACUCUCCCAGACCAGCUGCCCUGUCAGUAGAACAAAUCCAGCAGCACUGCUUGGUGGUUUCCUUUGCUUGAGCCAUUUAGGUGCAGAAGGAGAGCCUGGUACUCCCUGAGUCCCUCUGUAACUGCUGCAGCUCAGGCCAGCUCCUGCAGGCCUGGCAGGCUCUGUAAGAGCUGUGUGUGCUCAGCUGCAGGGGUUUGCCAUGUGCAGGUCUGACUGAGGAGGGACAGGUUUGUUUUUUUAAAACUCUGAUUUAGUCACAGACCAAGAUUUCUCCUCCUCAUCCCCAGCCCUGGCUGGCAGGGUGCCCAUGGGGAGCAGCCUGGCUUCAGGUGCAAUACUUGAAAGGGGGUUGGGAUUGUGUGUACAUAUUUUUAUAUAUAUACAUACACAUAAAACUUUUCUAUUUGGUAUUUAUUUGUUGGAUUUCAUACUGUUUUCUAAAGUUCUAAUAAACCAUUUGAGACAA